GUAGCACCGUCCCAAUCCUCACGACCGUUUCUUUCUCCCAUCUUCCUCUUCUUCUUCUUGUUUCAUCAUGAAGACCCAUUCCAAUCGUUUGUUGCUGCUGGUACAGACUGUCCUUUUCCUUUUCAUUGCUUCGGUCGCUGGUUGCAAGGACCACCACCAACAUGGCCACCAUCAUGAUACCACAACGACGCCAGCCGCCGUUGAAACCACCACUCCCGCUGCUGCUGCCGAACCCACUACCACUACUACUGCUGCUGCUUCCUCUUCUUCCUCUUCCUCUUCGUCUGAUAACCGUUUGAUCGCUUACAUUGCGGACUGGGCUCUUCCCGAUCAAAUUGCCUGGGACAAGCUUGACCAAGUCAUCUACUCGUUUGCUGUUCCUGACCAGAGCGGUAGCCUCGGUCAAUUCAAUGCCGAUCAACUCAAGUCUAUCUCCGAAGAAGCUCACGACAAUGACAAGUCAAUCAGCUUGAGCAUUGGCGGCUGGACCGGCUCGCUUUACUUUAGCUCUCUUGUCGCUUCCGAGUCCUCCCGCACCACGUUUGCUCAGAACAUCGCUGAUGCUGUUGACGAAUACGACUUGAAUGCUAUCAACCUUGACUGGGAGUAUCCUAACAGCGCCAAUGGUGUUGCAUGCAAUGAAAACGAUCCACAAGACACCGCCAACUACUUGAAGUUUGUUCAAUUACUACGCGAGACUUUGCCCGAAGGUACCGAGAUCAAUGCUGCUGUAAGCACCACUCCUUUCAACGACGAGAACCAAACACCAUCGACUUCUCUGGAUUCCGCAUGGAAGGAAGCCAUGGAUGCCUUCUACAUUAUGGGGUAUGACAUCAACGGCAACUGGAAUGAGGACGCAGGUCCCAACGCCCCGUUGCACUAUGACGGCCAAUCGGAUGGCAUUGAUUCUGUCAGCGUUGACUCUGCCGUCAAGGCAUGGACUGAAGCUGGUAUUCCUGCUGAACAACUCUACUUGGGUGUUCCUUUCUAUGGCCGCGUCGGUAAGGUUGCCAGCGCCGUCACUGCCCAGUCUGGUAUGUAUGUUGCUCUCGACGGCGAUCAGAUCCAGGGCGACGAAUAUGAUGAAAAGAGCGCUGACCCAUGCCCUGGUGCCGUCUCGACUUACUCUGGCAUGUACCAGUGGCGCUCGAUUGAAGAAGAGGGUAUUCCUACCAACUCCUCCGGCUGGAAGACCUCGUGGGAUUCUGCCAGCAUGACUCCUUAUGCCUACAAGGGCACUGAAGUUUUGUCCUUUGAUGACCCCCACUCGCUGCGCGAGAAAGUUAAGUACGCCAAAGCAAACGGCUUAGGUGGUGUGAUGCUUUGGUCUUUGGAAAUGGACGAUGCUGAUCAUUCCUUGUUGAAUGCCUUGCAGGGUAUCCGCAAGGAUUAGUUAUAUUUUUCCCUCCCUUUGACCUUUUGUACUUUUACUUUUACAAUUUAACAUAAAAUAUUCUUGUUUUGAUUAGAAGUACAACAUGAAAACCGAAAAUCUCUCUAAUUUUGGCUGAUCCUACAAUUGAUCUGUAUUUGUAAGAGUUUGUCUUUUGAAAACAGGCUAUCAUAUUGAUUGAUACGAGUUGCACAGAACACGUAAAUACUUGCACUUAUUUAGU